AUGAGGAAGGUUGUGGAGCUGUUGCUCCUCGUGUUGGUACUAACACACACAGCCAGGGUUCAGGGCAGGAGGAGAAAGGGCCAGAGAGACGACAACCAGGUCCUCCAAAAUGAAGGGAAAAUUCUGAUCUGCCCGGUGGAGAUCAUGUUCAUCCUGGACAGCUCAGAGAAGGCCAAGGUGCUGCUGUUUGAGAAGCAGAAAGACUUCGUCAUGCGUUUCAGCACGCGGCUCAUGCAGAUCCAGGCAGCAGGUUGGAGACUGAGGUUGAGGCUGGCUGCACUGCAGUACAGCAGUUCUGUUUCUCUGGAGCACAACUUCCGGGACUGGCAGGAUGUGGAUGUGUUCCAGAGCAGAGUGGCAUCCAUGGCCUACAUCGGACACGGAACCUACUCAGCCUACGCCAUCACUAACGCUACACAGAUGUUUAGCCGUGAGACAGCGGCCAACAGCCUGAGGGUGAUGUUGCUGAUGACUGACGGCGUGGACCAUCCCCGUAGCCCCAGUGCUGUGACCGCUGCAUCCGAGGCCAAGAACCACAACAUUCGUCUGUUCACCAUCGGGCUGUCGGGUCUACCCAGGGAUAUGCCCACCAAUGUCAGGUUACGUUCCAUCGCCAGCGCCCCGCCACAGCAGCACGUCCUCAGCCUUACAGACAACCUGCUGGAGGAUAAACUUUUCAGAGAACUGUGCCCACAGCCGAAGUCCUGUCUGUGUGAUAAAGGAGAAAGAGGUCCCCCUGGAAGCCCAGGGAAAUCAGCCCAGCCUGGAUCUGACGGUACUCCCGGUCCAAAAGGAUUUCAUGGGGAACCUGGUAUCAACGGAAGGCCUGGGAUGGAGGGUAUCGAGGGUCGGCCCGGCACUAGAGGGGAAAAGGGGGAAAGAGGCGAGUGCGGCGUCCCCGGGAUGAAGGGAGAUCAAGGGCCAGACGGACCUCCAGGCCCUCGGGGACCCAGAGGAGAGCAGGGUCUUAGUGGAGGUCCUGGGGACCAGGGCCCUGAAGGACUUGUAGGACCCAAAGGUGACCGUGGACCUGGUGGAGUGACAGGACCUCCAGGGGAUACUGGCAUCGGCUUUCCUGGACCUAAAGGCAAUAAGGGAAACCAGGGAAGGCCUGGACCAACCGGUCCCAUGGGUAUGGGUGAACCAGGACUGCCGGGUCCAAUUGGUCCUCCAGGGGUUCAGGGAACACAAGGGUUCCCAGGAGAGGGUCUACCAGGGCCUAAGGGUGACAGGGGUUACGAGGGUCCUAAGGGCACCCGCGGCACCCCGGGUUCAGGGUUCAAAGGUGACAAGGGAAACACAGGAGCUCCAGGUUUGCCAGGAUUGGUGGGUUUUCCAGGUGCAGGGAUCCAAGGAGAAAAGGGAGACAGUGGUCCAUCUGGGUCUUCCGGCCCUCGGGGGCCACCAGGGCUGGGAAUAGUCGGCCCAAAGGGUGACCAGGGCUUCCCAGGAGAGCACGGACCACAGGGAGAGAGAGGAGUCGGGGAGCCAGGGUCAAAGGGUGAACCAGGACCUGACGGAUCUUCUGGGAUACCUGGUAUACCCGGGGAAGAUGGAGCGGUCGGACCUAAGGGUGAGAUUGGUUUGCCAGGACUGCGAGGGAUAGAGGGUGAGCCUGGGAAAGGAAUUCCUGGAGAAAAGGGUGAUCGAGGUGACCGGGGGGUGAGGGGACUACCAGGAUCGCCAGGGCCCGUGGGACCUGCAGGAGCCAAGGGAGAGCCUGGCAGUUUUGGAAUGAUGGGUCUACCAGGUCCUCCUGGCAGGGGCCUACCUGGGUCAAAGGGCGACCUUGGACCAGUGGGGCAGUCUGGGCCUGUAGGAGACCCUGGAGUGGGCAUCGCUGGGCCGAAGGGUGAGAGGGGGAACCCUGGACCUGUUGGACCACCAGGGUUGAAGGGAGACGGCUACACAGGACCUCAGGGCCUCCCAGGGUUGCCAGGGCAACCAGGAGAGUUGGGACCUGAAGGGAAAGGAUUACCUGGCCCUAAGGGUGACAGAGGUUCUUCAGGACUUCCAGGGCCCACAGGACCUCCUGGCAUUGGUCUGCUGGGACUUAAGGGUUCUGUGGGUCAGCCAGGUCCACCUGGUCUGUCAGGAAUCCCAGGAGAGGGCAUCCAGGGGCCCAAGGGAGAGCCUGGGUUCGAGGGGCCAAUGGGCCCCCGGGGGCCUCCAGGGGACGGCUUUCCAGGAGAAAAGGGAGACAGGGGGAUUCUUGGAGACCGUGGGAAGAAAGGAGACAAGGGAGAAUUUGGAGAGCCAGGAUCUAUAGGACCCAUGGGCAAAUCCGGUGAGAAGGGGGAUCCUGGCUUGACAAGAGAGGAAGUCAUCAAAAUUAUCAGGGAAAGUUGUGGCUGUGGUGUGAAGUGCAGAGAGAGUCCUCUGGAGCUGGUGUUUGUGAUUGACAGCUCAGAGAGCGUUGGACCGGAGAACUUCGAGGUGGUCAAGGACUUUGUGAACACCCUGAUUGACCGUGUGUCUGUGAACCGCGAGGCCAGCAGGAUCGGUGUGGUCCUCUACAGUCAUGUGGACAUAGUGGUGGUCAGUCUGACGCAGCAGUCCAGCCAGAACGACGUCAAGGCUGCGGUGAGGAAGAUGCCGUACCUGGGCGAGGGCACCUUUACGGGUAGUGCCAUUGGGAGAGCCAACCAGCUGUUCCAGGCCUCGCGGCCCGGUGUUCGUAAAGUUGCCGUGGUACUAACCGACGGGCAGGCAGACCGGCGUGACACAGUGCAGCCCGAGGACGCCGCCAGGGAGGCCCACACCGCCGGCAUUGAGAUGUUUGUCAUCGGCGUGGUGAAUAAGAAAGACCCGCUGUACGCAGAGUUCCAAUCUGAGAUGAUCGCUAUCGCCUCCGACCCAGACGAGGCACACAUGUACCUGAUCGACGACUUCAUGAUGCUGCCCACCCUGGAGAGUACGCUGCUCAGCCAGAUCUGUGAGCACAACGAUGGAACCCUCUUCAUCCCCAACGCCAUACCCACCCUUGAGGUUUACAGAGAAGUCCCAGACAGGGGGGGCAUACCUGACUUUGAGAACGAUUACAGAAGACCUGGACCACCAAUAUUUGAGACUGAGAGCCCUCCCUCCUCAUGGGCCCCAGAAUCCCCCAGCUUCAACGAGAAUGAAAUCGACACAGGCAAGACAUUGGUCUUCGAGGUACCCCUGAACAAGCUCCCAGAUGUCAUGACAGCAGCAUCAGGGGGCCAAGGGGGGAGGCAGCAACCCCCUGUUAUCUCUAUGGUGGGACCCCAGACGCCCCAGACACCCACCAACUGGCAGUACAUCCCCAAGACCACCCAGCCUCUGCCAGACAUCUUUGUACCAGUGGUGGGGUGCAGACAGCCGUUGGACCCUGGGCCGUGUCGUCAGUAUGUGGUCAAGUGGUACUACGACCCGGAAGCCAACUCCUGCGCCCAGUUCUGGUACGGAGGUUGCCAGGGUAACGGAAACCAGUUUGAGUCGGAGGCCGGGUGCAGGAGCAUUUGCGUCCGCACGUAA